GAAAGGUCCGCGGGGGGCGAUAACUUUAGCCAAUUAACGUUCACGUCUUUGUAAAGCAUAAACCCCAACAUCUCCCUAUCGAGUGGGCUCAAAAGAGCUUGAGCUUUCACGUUUUUCGCCUCUGAAUCUACUAGUUCAUCUUUAUUGUCGAAUUUUACAACGUCCCUAUGAUGCCUGGAUGAAUUUUUCAGGCCUUUUUGGUCAAGUCAAAUCGUUCCUCAGAUAGGAUCAUGGAUAGAUCGCAAGAAAAAGUGAGCUCUUCGAAGGCAAAGUUACAGACAUUGGAUCAAGAUAACCUACGCUAUAUAGAGGAUAGGAAUGGAAUUGAAGGAGUUAAUACAAGGAAAACAGAACCGUUAAUGCAAGCGUAUCUUCAUGCGAACACUCCAGGAGCAAGUAUGGGUUUACCAUACAUGACAAACCCCAUGGAUCCUCGAGCUUUAAGCAAUUUUUUCUACGGACCCCAAAUGAUUGGUUUUCCUGGAUACCCUGGUGUUUAUGGUCAGCGGCUUGCUAAUGGUGAAGACAUGCGCGAGAACAGAUCGUCGACGAGUACCCCAGCAGACAGGCCCGACUCUGCACGAGAUCCCAAAGAACCCAUUCGAACAGAAAGUGUCAUAAAGAUUGCUACCGACCGACCAGACUCGCGAAAACAAGAGCCUGCCGACAAAAGACAAUCACGACCUUCCAGUGACGAAUACACUCGACAAUUCACCGAUCGAAACGGAGAACUUGAAUCGUCCAGAAACUUGAACAUUUAUCGGGGAUCACGUGACAAACUGGAGAACCCGCUGGCCACAACGAACGGAGACUUACGUAAUACGACAUCGAAGCAAAUGACUGAGAUGUCGAGCUCGGAGAGAACGAUCGGAGGUUUCAGUUCAUAUCCAACACAAUCUGUCUACACGAAGUCUCUUACCCCGGUAUCUCACCCGGGGGAUUAUACUCCAAAUACGGACUAUCAAAAGACUGUUACAACUUCGUCAAAUAUGUAUGCAUCGAUGCCCAAAUUGACGCCAAUCGCGCCAAGAGGUUUCUCGUGUCCUAAUUUUCCCGCCAAUUCCACAGCAGAGGUCACCGAGAGGCAGUCUAUGUCUGGGUCGGUAUGGAGACCCCCUAUGGGGUAUUUGACGCAGGACUAUCCUCUUACGUCGGCUUCUGAAGCACUCGUGUCUCAUCGUUCUUCGGCGGGAGAAAAUCCUAGCCGGACUGAAGAAACCCCAGAAACAAGAGGAAGCUAUCUUCCACAUUCUGUACACGAGAGCAGUUCUCGUCCUCAAGAGAAUUUCGCGAGUAGAGAACGGCAUUUUCCCUACGCCUGGGAAAGGAAUCCUCCUGAAUUAUCUCCGCGUUAUCCUGGACAUUCUGCGUACCAGGGCUACGGAUACGCACGGACGUUUCAACCUAAGAGACCCAGCGAGAAAGAAAAUUUCAAGGAUACUGAAGACGUUCGAAGUCGAACUAUUAAUUCUGUGAAAGAAUCUUCGAUAUCGCCUGAUAGAUCUUCUGCAUCGCGGUACGCAAAAGACGCUCCAAAAGCGCCAAGUGCUGAAACGAAUAAAAACUCAAAAGAACAAACAAAUCCGAAUUAUAAAUCCUCGGUGGUGUCAAAUCAAGAUGGAUCCUCCAGAAAUCAGGCGAACUUGAGUAAGAACGAAAAACCAGUUGUGCCUGAAAACGUUCGCUAUAAGGUGAAAGACGACAGAAAAUGUGUUUUAAAAUCUGAUAAAGUGACGGUGUAUCCUCGCCAAGGUAUGGCCUACGUUGUGUCUGUUCGCGAGACCCCACAAAAGGUCUCUGAUUACUUCUCUAAUGGAAGGCUCCCACAUUCAGACGUUGCUACUGUUUCUUCAGACUCAAACGAGCGAAAUCAGUUACCUUCUGGUUACGAAGCUGCAAGCAAAAAAGACGAAGGUCAGCGGCAUGGUAGCAUGCGUGAAGGCGCAGUCAAAGGACAGGAGAAAAAUGCUCCUGAGGGCACCCCGGGUGGGGAUUAUCCGCGGCGAACUGUUGACACAUUGAAUAACAACAGAGCUAUCUCAGUUGACGAAACGAAAAAGAAUAACGACCGAAAUAAUAAUUCGUCAUUUGGGACUUACCAGUUCCCGGGAUACCCAAGUCAAAGCGAACGACCACGGGCUUCAAAUAGAAUAACACUCAGUCAAGACAAAGUGUUCGUGCCGCCGAACGCGACGUUAGAAAUGUUCGAGAAACGAGAACUUGAAAUGGAGCGCGCGGCGGCUUCUUGUAGAUCAGGUGAUGCUGCAAGAACCGGUCAGUUUGGAUCCAAUGUGAGACAAAAGCAACAAGGAAGGAAAGAUAACGAGGUGGAUUCGAGGAAUCAAUCUCCCGAGACAAAUCCUAGAAUAACAAGCAACAAGCUUGAAAAUAAAGGUAGUCGAAGUGAUGUGAGUAGUAAGGGCUCUGACGAUGAAGACCUUAAAAUCAUCGACGACAAAAAAGAUAGCCAACAACGAAGCAUACGUACCGAAGAAAAGCGAUUAUCUUCGUCUCCUAGACUCUCGCGCAUCACCUCUCCAGCCACUACCACUUCAAGCUCUAGCAACCCUCCUUUUCUAACUCCUUUUGGAGUAAACUUCCCACCUCGGAGAAACACGAAUGAUAAUGAUCUGGCAGCGCGUGAAAGCGCCGAAAGAAGCUUACAAGCUGCAGCGUAUAUGUACGGGGCUGGUAACAUGCCUUACCAGACGAAUUCACCGUAUAUGGGUUCAAACGUGAGGCCUGAUAUGCAAGUUAUGUUACCCGUGGACCCCGCCAUGUUCUAUAGUGGUUUAUAUAAGCAACAUAUGAUGGACCCUUCGCAAGGAGGAGGUGUUGUCAUGCAGGAUCCUUUGACGGGUUCUCUUGUGGUUGUACCCGAGGCCAUGAUUAAUCCCAACAUGUUCARUCCACUAGCAGCCGAGUCACAGUUAAUGCUCGACCCUGCUCGCUUCUGGGGCAUGCAGGCAUCGAUGGAAGAUCCAAGAUGGCAGCAAUUCUACCAGCAACAGAAGCAGCUCUACGAACAUCAGCUGGAGAAGUACAAACAAGAGAUGAUCGCUCAGCAGCAAGGAAGAUGGCAGGGGUACUCUGUCUAUCCUUUCUACCAAAAACAAUUAGAAGCUCAGAGAAAGGAAGAAAACGAACGUAGUUUACGCACCGCUGACCAGCGUCCCAAGUCACGUGAAAGUCAGCCCAACCUGCCCCGUGCAGACAAAAACGAAGACUCGAUUCCCAAAGAAAAGAAGUCUAACUCGACCGAGGAGCGAAUUUUCCACGAUUCACGUCGGGAUGAGUCUGAUACUCGGAGAGAUUCGUCUAAAAUAACUCCAGAGUCUCAAGGCGAGUCACGUGGUGUGACGUCAUAUCCAGAGAAACAAGAAAAAGUUCCAGUAAAGGAGUCUGUAAAACCGCCGUCAACAGAAUAUUUAGAAGCAAGAGAGAAAGCCAAGGAAAUAUUGCAACAGGAGGACCAAGACCGCCAAUUCCAGCAAUACAUGUUAAAAGAGCCUGUUUUCAAUCCAUCCAAAUUCCCAUUCACUCGUAUCCCAACAACGCUCUCCGCCUCUUCACAAAACCUCAAGUCUCCAUUGGAAGUCCCUCGGGAUCGCAUACAGGAUCUUCGGGAGAAUUCCCGCGGAGAAUCGACUCAAAAUUCCGAAACCUCACGCGCUGAAAUGUCGCCACAAGUUGUCAUAGCCGCUGCCACUUUGGCAAACAUGGAUUUUGGAACUCGUUUUCCAUUUAACCAGCAGCAGAGCACCAUGCAACUCGAAAAUUCAAAAGUUUCACGUGGAUCAGAGCAGUUGGACGGAGCAGACCAAAGAAGCCUUACUAACCAAAAUAUUUCGAGCGAAGAAAAUGCUGUCUAUCAACCCUCGGCAAGAGGAAAGUCUCCCACUGAUAGUAGUCCAUCUCAACCUAUGAUAUAUAGCUCUCAAAUACAACAAUUAUACUCUCCCACGACGUCAAUCUCAUCAGUGACUCCAGUCACUCCAAGUACAAUACACGAACAUAGAGAACAAUCGACUGAAAGCUUGUCUAGCGAGAAAGGAAGUUUUGACAUCCCGAAGAGCUCUUUUCUCAGAGAAUCAAUUCGAACGACUUCCAGCUCAACAUUGAGUCAGAGCAGUGCAAAGAAUGAUUAUCUUAGCAACGGUGAGGAAGAAUGUUCUCGACUACUCGUUGCUAAGGCGGAAAAACUACCACAAGACGAAGAACUAGAAGUGAUAAGAAUAGAUAGACCUUAUGCUAGUGCAGGAGCUGAACCUGGUGAUAUUUCUACGAUUAAUAAACAAGACACUGAUUUAUUGAUGUCGUUAGCGAAGGUGUCAAACGAGGCAAUUGAAAGUCCGUCUUCCAAAUCUGAGAUUUUCUGGGUUGCAUGCUCGGAUGACGAGUUAGAAGAUUUCGAAGUAAGAACGAUUAAUUCUUCUGCAAAACCGAGGGAGUUAGAAUUUGAAGGACAUAACAAGGAAAAUUAUUUUAAGUUUUCGCUUCAAAAUGCAAGAUCCGAGGAUGAGAAAAAAUGUAUUCGGGAGAAAAUCGAAAAGUUGAGAGAAGUUGCCAAGAAUCGAACUCGCGAGGAACGUUUUACUGCGUUGACGAGGCAGAAGGAAUUAAAAAGCCCGGCAUCAAUUGUCCAUAGCGUGACGUCAUCACUCAACGAAGUUCUAGACAUGAACGUCAUGGAGAAAGACAUCAGGAUGAGACUGGCGGACUUGCAGAAGAAAUACCGUGAGAAACACAGGGAACUGGCAAGACUACAACCUAGAUGUAAAGAAGGGAACGAUGAUACCAAUGCUGGCAAGAACACGCCGAUAAAGAGAGGUCCAGGACGGCCAAGAAAGAGAAAGUACUUUGGUGCAAGCUCACGAAGCGACAAACUAACAACACCCACCCUAACGUCUAAUGGUUCGUUGGAUCUCACUACUAAGAGUGGCGCGAGCUCGCCAUCAUCAUCUUGCCCUCAGUCGCCAGGCUUCAAGUCUGUCACUAGUGAAGAAAAUUCAAUCGUCAAGGAGGAACCUGUGAAGAAAAAAAGAAAGAAAAGUAAUACGAAUAAAGUAGAAGAGAGUGUCCCUACAUUGCCUUCGCCACCACAGAUCGCUAGUCCUACAGAUAUCGAGUUAAAACCAACUCCAGUCAAGCCUUCCAGGAAAACACCUACCUUUACAGCCAAGAGUAAGAUCCCUACAAGUACCAUCAUUACAACAAGCACCACGACCUCCAACAUGGAGAAGCUCAUUAGUGCUAUAUCGCCAUCUAUGUUGGAUGAUUCAUCAAACAUGGAAACAGAAAGUGAAUCCAGUACAAGUGAUUUAAAAACGAUGCCAACAAAACCUAAACCAAAAAAGCCCAAAAAAAUCAUAAAAAAGGAAAAACUCCCCAGCACGGAAGACAACAUAGAAAACAAAGAAAAAAUGUCGCCCGACUCUGUAAAGGGCAUUUGUGGUAGCCCAACUUCGAUUAACAUCAAAAAAGUUAGGAAUCCCAAAAAGACGAAAAAGAAGGAAAAACCGUCAUUAACUCCUAAAACGGUCUCAGAAUUCGUCUUUCCAAAUGAAAAAGUCGUCGUUGGAAAAAGUGUCAUCAAACAAGAGUUUCCUAAAACGGUUGGUUUAGAGAUUAACAAGCGAGAAAAUAAUGGAGAUUCCAGCGAUAAUGACGAGGUAUUUACUGCAUGCCGCGGCGGAGGUGCGUUGGAUAUGCUGGCUGAUUUUGCUAGUUCGGCGUGUUUUGAGAAAGAAAAGGAGUGCGAAAGAGGAUCUCCGUUUGAAGGACUUGGGAAAGGUUCUAAGCGUGGACGACCAAAGAAACCUUACUCACCGACUCCUGAAUCAGAGACGACACCGACUCCCAAAAAGAAGAAAAAGAAAAAGAAACCAUCAGCUUCAAGCGCAAAGUCCUCCAAGAAAAGCAGCCCAACAUCCGAAGAAAAAGAAAACGAUUUCACAAACCGUGAAGUCGAGCAGCAAUCCCCCACACAGAUCCCGCAAGAAAAAACAGAACUCAAAGAACAACCAAAACCAGAGGUACUGGAAGAACAGAUUGAAAAAGUCCCCGAGCUUCGUGAGGAACCAGAAGCAGAAGAAUCCGAGGCUGUGCCGGAAACAGAAUCGGUGGCUUCACCCGAACCAAUCAAGGAAAAACGACGCAAAUCGCGAUCAAGUUCGGGCAAAGAAUUGGACGAGAGUAAAUCACCUUUUGCUCUGUUUGACUGGCAGCCCCGACGAAGUGAGCGUAUUUUUAUCAAUAGUAGUGUUACUCCUAGUAAUGCAGAUUUGAGUCCCUUGUCUAGUCCUACUGUGAAGUCAAGUGAGUUUGGGUGGCCGAAGAAGACUAAGAGAUUAUCCAAGGGAAAGAAGUCGUCCAAGACAGACUCAGUGAGUGACGUAGAAGCAACUGAAGACGAAGCUCCGCCAACAUCUUCCAAAACUACCACCAAACAAAAGAAGAAAAAGAGCCCUGCUAAAGGCAAGAAAAGACGAUCUUCGUCCGUCACGGAUCCUGACUUUGUUCUGAAAACGCCAAAGCGCAAAGCAGCCAAACGUGAUCGGAGCUAUGAAGAAGCCGACGACGAUGACGAUGAAGACAUGGCCGACGAGGAAGAAGAUCAUGAUGAUUAUCAAGAUGACACAGACACUGAACAGACAAAGAAAGAAAACCAAGAUGAAAUGUUAGAGGAAGACAGUCAAUCUAACAAACCUGAAAAGGAACUGAUUGAUACGAAAGAUUUUGAAAUGAAGGAUGAAAAAGUUGAGAAUACAACAGCGGUGGAAAAGUCAAGCGAUGGAGCUAUCAAAGAUAAUAAUAUCACAGCUGGAUGCAAGGAAAGUGUUAGUGAGACACAUGCCAUUGGUAAGGAAGCAAAGCAAGAGGAAAACACGGGUCUUGAAAAUACCAAAAAGGACUCGCGAAAAGACAUGACAAAAGAAGAGGUUUCUGUGAAGAAGGACAAAGAAGAAAGGCCGGUAGAUGCAAAGGAAAGUAAGAAAAAAGUAGAAAGGAUGCAAGAUGACAAAGAAACGUGGUUGAAGAGAGAGAAGGAAAGCAAAAAGGGUCAGGAAACGACUUCUGGUGCAGAAAAGAAUGAGAAAUUACAUCGUGAAGAGGAAUCUACGACAAAGAUACGGUAUUGUUUUGCCCGGGGAAAGAGGAAGAAGGCCUCAUUUACGCUCAACAGAACAGCUUCUGUCUCAGGCGGUUAAAGAUGUCAUCCCUCCUGCAAUAGAGUAUCUGCCAGUAGGUACCCGAGUCUGCGCUCACUGGAGCCCACAGUACCGAUGUUUCUACCCAGGCAGUGUCAUAGACACUCCUCCCGAUGAAAAGUCUGAAGUUAGCAAACUCUGGGUAGAGUUUGAUGAUGGUGACAGUGGUAUUUUCCCUCUCUCAGACCUUCGAAAGAUUAAAACUAAGUACCCUGUACAAGUAGAAGACGUUGAAUCCGAUGUAGUGGUUCCCGAACGACGUCCACGUUCCUCAUCCCGAGCAACAUCACCAUCAUCAACACGACGAUCCAGAGAACACUACGCCUCCCUCAAAAACAAGGACGAUGAUACAUCAGGCUGGGAGAGCUCUGAAGACGCUCCAAUCAAAAAAUCAAAAGGUCGGGGCAAACGUCGAGUACGGCUAAGGACAAGAGACCGAACAUUGAGCGAAGAAGCGACUGAUUCCGACGCGCCACGAGGUAGUCGGGAUAGUGACUUUGAGGACAAUGUUGAGACUUCAAAGCGCGGAAACAGAUCAAAAGGUGAUAAUGUUAAAGAAUAUGAAACAGAGGCAAAACCUUCUCAAGUCAAAGGUACCAAACGAGAAAGACGAAGGAUAAAAAUUAGAGACGACAUAAGCUUGUCUUCUCAAGAGAAAUCCAAAGACAAUACUAAGAAUUCUGAAACUUCUGAAAACGCUAAAAGAGACUUAAAAAGUGAAAAAUUCGGGAGUAAAGACAGAGAUAGGUCAAAAUCAAGUUUAAAUGUUCAAAAACAUCAAGACGACGAUAGUGAUGCUUGUGACGAUAUGGAAAGCACACAAGAAGCGGGGACCAGUAGAUCUAGGUCGAGAUCUUCAAGGUUAUCUGAACUUGAUUUGAGGAAGAGAUCGUUGACACUGAGUUUAAAUACUACGUCGUCUUCACGAUUAGGGAAUUUGGAUCGCGAUAGUCCGAUGCAGGAUUCUACUUCACAGGAUGAAGACAGUGGGUCGUGUAGUGAGGUCUUUGAAGAAAGUCCACAGACAGAAAAUAAAGCAUUUCAGCCUCGUCUUGGGAAGAGAAGACGAUCGCAGCUUGGCAAACUACGACAAGGCAAAUCACAAGGUGAGCUCUGGCAAUGGUCCGGAAAGAAUUUCCAAAACAAGAGAAAAGGAAAAGGAAGAAAGGUUUUCUACAAAACUAUUGUCAGAGGAGACGAGACUAUCUCGGUUGGUGACUGUGCGGUUUUCACAUCUAAUCCUUCCAAGUCCAAUAAUCUACCGUACGUGGGCAUGAUAGAGAAUAUGUGGGAGGGAUGUAGCGGUAACAUGGUUGUUAAAGUAAAAUGGUUUUACCACCCGGAAGAAACCAAGGCUGGAAGAAGGCCUUCAGAUACAAAGAAUUCCCUUUACCGAUCGACCCACGUCGACGAAAAUGAUGUCCAAACGAUUUCUCACAAAUGUGAGGUCGUUUCUCCAGAAGAGCUCAAACGGCGCUCCCAUCCACACGAGACGAUAGGAACACGGAGCUCUACAAAUGAUCGCACUGAACGAUUAUUCUGUUGCGUAGGGACUUAUGAUCCAAGUACUGAGAAGAUUGAAAAUGUAUGACAAAUGGUCUUUAUAUGGCAUAUCACUCCACAGGAAACCCACAUAUCGAAUAACGUCACAUGCGGCACGUGACCCUAUUACACAGGCAAUCCAGUAUGAUAUUUGGAGCAAGGUUGCUUUAGCUUUGCGUUUUGCAAGGUUUCUUUGAGUAUAAAGUACUAUCGCGCAACGUGGGGGGUUUUUUUCGCUUUUUGUUGCCGACAUAUUUCUUGCUUUGCUUUUUUCAACAUCUUCGUAUAAUUCUUCCCAAACGUUGUAAAUAGCAAAUAUUACCAUCUAUCUUAUGUUCUUACGCUCCAAAAUCAUCUAAGUUUGUGGGGAAAAUACCCAAACCCACCGUUCCUAGUUGUCAGCGGUUUGCUUAAAAACGCAUGCGCUGUUCCCGUUUUAGUCCUUAGUGUUAAUGCGAAAAAACACGUUAAAUUCUUCAGAAUGCACAAGUUUUAUAAAUAUUCUUUGUGACGUUUGGGGCAUCAGCUUUUGUCUGUAAGUUCGUAUAUCUUUGUGAAACAACUUCUUGCUUGACUACUAAAGUCCUGGGCCCGGUUGCAUAAAGCUCUCUUAAGAUAAGAGCAUCCGUAAGUGUUGUUCCAAAACAAUAGGCCAUUGUACUAAGACAAUACUUACGAGUGUUUUUAAGCUUUUUUAUCUUAAGAGAGCUUUAUGCACCUGUGCCCUGGAUUAGUAGUUUCCCAGUUUAACAACACGAUUAAAGGAAAAACUGGGUCGA